AGGACAGCCUCUUCCACACAGUCAGGCAAUAGCCCCCUCCUCCACAAGCCACCUACAGGCAGAGAGGCCCUGGAUAUUGCACAAGCCAGCACCAGGCUACAGAACCAUGAGCCAAGACAGCAAAAUGAAGACUACAGAAUCCAGCCCACCUGCCCCAUCCAAAACCAGGAAGAAGCUGCCUGUCUUGGAUCCAUCUGGGGAUUACUACUACUGGUGGUUGAACACAAUGGUCUUCCCAGUAAUGUAUAACCUCAUCAUCAUCGUGUGCAGAGCCUGCUUUCCUGACUUGCAACAUGGUUAUCUAUUGGCCUGGUUCGUGCUGGACUACACGAGUGACCUGCUCUACCUUCUAGACAUCAUAGUGCGCUUCCACACGGGCUUCUUAGAACAGGGUAUCCUGGUGGUUGACAAGGGUAGAAUCGCGAGUCGCUAUGUCCGCACCUGGAGCUUCCUGUUGGACCUGGCUUCACUCAUCCCCACUGAUGCUGUCUACGUGCAACUGGGCCCACACAUACCCACGCUGAGGCUCAACCGCUUUCUUCGUGUGCCUCGCCUUUUCGAGGCCUUCGACCGCACAGAGACCCGCACAGCUUACCCAAACGCCUUUCGCAUCGCCAAGUUGAUGCUUUACAUUUUUGUCGUCAUCCAUUGGAACAGCUGUUUAUACUUUGCACUAUCCCGGUACCUGGGCUUCGGGCGUGACGCAUGGGUGUACCCAGACCCAGCGCGGCCUGGUUUUGAACGCUUGCGGCGCCAGUACCUUUACAGCUUUUACUUCUCCACACUGAUCCUGACAACCGUGGGCGAUACACCACUGCCAGCCCGGGAGGAGGAGUACCUCUUCAUGGUGGGCGAUUUCCUACUGGCCGUCAUGGGUUUCGCCACCAUCAUGGGUAGCAUGAGCUCUGUAAUCUACAACAUGAACACCGCAGAUGCGGCUUUCUACCCAGAUCACGCCCUGGUGAAGAAGUACAUGAAGCUGCACCAUGUCAACCGGCGGCUGGAGCGGCGAGUUAUAGAUUGGUACCAGCACCUGCAGAUCAACAAGAAGAUGACCAAUGAGGUAGCCAUCUUACAGCAUUUGCCUGAGCGGCUGCGAGCAGAAGUGGCUGUGUCCGUACACCUGUCUACUCUGAGCCGGGUACAGAUCUUCCAGAACUGUGAGGCCAGCUUGCUGGAGGAACUUGUGCUAAAGCUGCAACCGCAGACCUACUCACCAGGCGAAUAUGUAUGCCGCAAGGGGGACAUUGGCAGAGAGAUGUACAUCAUCCGCGAGGGUCAACUGGCUGUCGUGGCAGAUGAUGGUGUCACACAGUAUGCUGUGCUUGGUGCAGGGCUCUACUUUGGGGAGAUCAGUAUCAUCAACAUCAAAGGGAACAUGUCCGGAAACCGUCGCACAGCCAACAUUAAGAGCCUCGGUUAUUCAGACCUGUUCUGUCUCAGCAAGGAGGACCUCCGAGAGGUGUUGAGUGAGUAUCCACAAGCCCAGGCUGUCAUGGAGGAGAAGGGCCGUGAGAUCCUGCUGAAACUGAACAAGUUGGAUGUAAAUGCUGAGGCAGCUGAGAUUGCCCUACAGGAGGCCACAGAGUCCCGGCUGAGAAACCUUGAUCAACAGCUUGAUGAUCUACAGACCAAGUUUGCUCGCCUACUGGCUGAGCUGGAAUCCAGUGCACUCAAGAUUGCUUACCGUAUUGAACGGCUGGAGUGGCAGACCAGAGAGUGGCCAAUUCCUGAGGACUUGACUGAGGCUGAUGAUGAAGGCGAGCCUGGGGAAGGAACUUCCAAGGACAGAGGGGGAAGGGCCAGCCAGGAGAGACCCUCAGGACCAGAAUGAUUCCAUCUCUGUCCCCUGGAUACCCACCUUCCAAGAAUUGUAGGAAAGCCUGCCUGCAAAAACAGCCAUCUUAUUUGCUAGUUCACAGAGACGGGAGUGAAUUGAUUUGUAGGUGCCCAGCUAGAGAUGUAGGGGUAUAACACACAUUCAUCCCCCAACUCAGCAGCGUAUGCGUGCACAUGCACGGGCACACACACACACACACACACACUGACCCAACAUUAUAUAUUCCAUAGAAUAUGCUCUAGAAUUCCCAUUCUCAGAGCACACAAUGCUUUUUCAUAAGCAUAGAUAUAAGUUAUAUCACAUCACAUAAGCACAUUCAGCCAUGUACCCCCUAAACAUAUGCUGACAGUCAUACACCAACAGACACAGAGAUACUGCAUACAGAUGUGUACAUUGCUUGUGAAAACAUAAAAGUGCACCCAGAGCCUUGGUGUUCCAAGAUGUCCUUUGAAUGCUCCCCAUAUGGGUGGUUUGCAAAUGUACCCUGCAAAUUGCACUUCAAUAAAGUAUUUGCCUCCUCAUAA